AUUUGCCCUGGACCAGAUCCCAGAGAGGCCACCCAGGCAACCGGAUGCAGAAGAGUGUUUCCUGUUUCCAGCUCCUGAUCCCAAUAGCAGCAUCAGCCAGCGGGUCUUGCUUCGGGGCUGAGUCUUAGCAUCCGUUCCAUCUCCUUCCUGGGGCUCAGAAUCAGAAGACUCCCUCCCUUCUACCUCCUUACACACUACCCUCUUGCGGCACGGGACCCACUGUCUCUGACGAUGCCAACAUCUAAGGAUGUAGCUGCGUACCUCUCCCAGGAGGAAUGGCAACAACGGAUCAUUAUUUAAAGAGACCUCUACAGGGAUGCUAUGCAGGAGAAUUAGUAAAACCUGCUGUCUUUGGGUGAGGUGGUGUCUUCCUCUGAUAUCUCUCUUCUCAACCCAGACUUCAUCACUCAGAUGGAGAAAGGCGAAGGAACAUGGAAUUGGGAAGGUGCCAAAAAAACAAAAGAUCCCAAAGGACUCCCCAGCUGGAACAGAACUUGGGAGACCAGCUGAAGACUGGAGGAAAAUGAGGAAGGUUAUCCGCUGAAAUGUCUCAUGUAUAAGUAUUCUCAAGGGAUGUGCACAGGAAGGUCCCAAGAGGUGAAGACAGCUCCUGGAUUAUUGGAAGAACCCAUGUGAGUUAGUGCACUUCAGAAAAGCAGCAAAGAAAGGUCUUAGGGAAUAGGCAGAAAAAAUCCAUUCCCAAGAUAAGGGAUCUGGGGUACCUCAUUGUAACCAACCCUAACACUAGACCAAGUUUCGAGAAAGCCUCUAUCGUUAGUGAAUGUGGGAAAUCUUCAGUCAGCGUUCCAAUCCUUAAAAGUAUCCAAAAAUCCAGUCAGGGUCGAAUACUACAAGUGUGUGGAUUGUGGAAAGGAGUUCACUUACAGUUACUUAGUACAUUCAACACCUUAGAAUCCUCACCAAGAAGGGGGAAAACCCCAAAAUCUAUAAAAGUCCUGAAAGUGGGAGAAGAUUUAGUGAGAACUCCAACAUCAAAAAAUCCAAAUGAAGGGAGAAACCCUACUUUCUAUCUGGCACUAAGUUUGGAGAUCAGUUCAAUGUGAUAUCAUCUCUCCAUAUCCACUAAAGAAUCCACACAGGAAAGAUAAAUGUCCCCAGUGUGGGAAAAGCUUUACCCACCAUACAUCACUUAUUAAAGGACUCACACUGGAGAAAAACCACAUACACUCAGUUCUGCUAUAACUCUUGUUUUGAAAAUAGGAAUUUGUUUCAAUAUGAUUGAUAUAUCAAGCAACAAUUUGAACAUAAUGCUAAUUUUAAUUUGCUUAUGCGUGAUUUUAUCCAUAAGAAAUACCUAGAAUGCAGAAAACUGCAUCCAGCUGAACAGAGUCGUGGAAGAAUAAAACACACACACCCCUUACAUAUCAACCAGUUACAUGAGUUCACUGUGUUCUACUAUAAGGUUGUGUUUUGCUGUAUUUUUUCUUUUACAUUUGUGAACUUUUCUAUAUAUGUAUAUAAAAACAACACCCAUUCUACAUCCCAAACAUGUCUAAGCGUCCUGGUUCAAAACCAUCAAGCCAUGGAAGCAAAAGAAAAACUUUCAGUAUUGAAGAGAAGCUUGAAAUAAUAAAGCGUUUUGAAAGAAAUGAGAGAACGUGUGAUAUCGCCAGAGCAACAGGCAUAAAGGAAUCUACACUGCGGGCCAUCAGAGACAACGCCGUGAGAAUAAAAGAAACGUCUAUGACUGGAACAACCACAAUUUCUGCAAAGUCAGUAAGAAUCAGGCCUAAAGAAAUAGCAGAGAUGGAAAGAUUGUUGAGCAUAUGGAUCGAAGGGAAAAAAUCGAGAACUACCUUUCUCACCAUCAAAGGGAAAGCGCUCUCAAUCUAUGCGGACCUUAAACGGAAAUCGCCAAAUCCAGCCGAAGUGGCCCCUUUUAGGGCUAGCUGUGGCUGGUUCAGUGGCUUCAAGCAUCGCUACAAUUUCCAAAACCUUCAUUUCUCUAGCGAAACCACUAGCACCGAGCAGAAAGGCGCCAAGGAAUUUCCAGCAGUGAUACAGAAAUUAAUUAAAGAAGAAGGCUAUACAUUGGAUCAGAUUUUCAAUUUUGAUGAAACGAUUAUCUAUUAUAAGCGCCUGCCUCAGAGGACCUACAUCUCAAAGGCAGAAAAACACACCCCGGGAUAUAAAGCUUCCAAAGAUCGCUUAACUGUGAUGUUCGGGGCCAAUGCCAGUGGAGACCUGAAGCUAAAACCGGUGGUGGUUUACCGCUCUGACAACCCACGAGCCUUAAAGGGCAUCGUUAAAGCCAGCCUCGGUGUUCAUUACAGAUAUAGCAAGAAAGGAUGGUUGACGGCCCAAAUCUGCAUUGAUAUUUUUGCUGAAUUCUUCCCUGUUAUAGAGUACUAUUGCAAGAAAAAGAACUUGGCUUUUAAAAUUCUUAUAAUUAUUGAUAAUGCUCCAAGCCAUCCCCCAACAAUAGCUGAACUCAACCCGAAAGUAAAAUUCAUUUUUUUGCCUCAAGAAACCGCGUCUCUGAUACAGCCACUAGAUCUCGGUGUGAUGACCCUGUUUAAGGCUUACUAUCUAAAGAGAACAUUUAAGCUGUUAAUUGCAGCGACUGGAGGUGAGAAUGCAGAAACCGUUAUCGAAUUUUGGAAGAGAUUUAACAUCAAAUUGGCCAUUGAUAUCAUCGUUGAAGCCUGGAAUGAUGUCACCAAAGAGUGUUUGCAUCGUGCGUGGAAGAAAAUGCUCCCUAACUUGAUUCACGACUUUAAAGAAUUUGAACCUUCGGAGCAAUUAAAAAAAAUCAAAGCAAGCUGUGUUGAGCUGGCAAAACAAGUUGGGUUUGAGGAGGUCGACGAUGAAGAUAUAGACGAGCUUCUGGAACCUCACUCAAAUGAUCUAACCACAGAAGACUUACAACAACUUGCUGAUGGCCAAGUGGAGGCAGACGAUGAGGAAGGUGACGACAAUGAUGAUGACGAAAGCCAGUCUACACCGCGACAGCUUGCCACAUCACAGCUAUCGGGUGUUCUAAGUGUUAUUGAAAAACAGCUGCAAUGGCUCGAAGAUAAUGACUAUAAUGCUGAACGAAGUAGAAUAGUCGUGCAUGGCAUCCGCACAAAUUUGGAACCUUACAGGCAGCUUCUGUAUGAAAGGAGGAAGCUAGCAAAGCAGCAGAAAUUGGAUAUAUAUUUUAAGCUAGUACGGAAGAAACACCUAGAAGACAAUGAGCCACACCCAUCCACAUCUGGCAUUCCAACUUCUUGUCCUGUUUCAAAUAAACCCCCUUCUACCACUUCACAAUAACUCAGAAGCUACAACUCUUCAGAAGCCCACUUCUGCACGAAAACUUCAGAUCUUUGUCAAGGUAAAGUGCCAUAUCCAUGCCACUUCUUCUGAUGCAGAAUUCUGGGUGGAGAAGGGCUGGGCCAAACCCAUGCACUACACCCCUCUCAGCUCCAGCCCCCCAUGGGAAAUGAGGUACAGGCUCAGCAGUAACCCAAGGCUGUGGACCCCACCAUUAUCUACAAUAGUAUUUAUGUAUUUCUUAACCACUUGACAUGUAUAAAAACCAUGCUACCAUUUUAAAUAAGUUCCUACCUUUUUUUAUGUGUCGCUGCUGAAGUUUUUAAAAUGUUGUACCCCAACCCCAUUUUCUCAUAGCCCUGUGGCUUUUCUUACACAAUUUUGUGUAGUGUGGUUAUUUUUAGGAAUGUAUAUAUUGUAUUAUAGCAGAACUGACUGUACAUGCCCUGCCUGAGAAAUGUAUUCAUUGGUCAGAUCUCAUCAAACAUCAGAGAAGCCACACUGGGAAGAGAUCCUAUAAGUGUCUUCAGUGUGAUAACAUCUCAGCCUCAACUCCAACCUCCUAAGGCACCAGAGACUUCAAACAGCUGAGAAAACUUAUAAAUUUUAUGAAUAUGAGGAUAGCUUUGGCCAGAGAGUUGAAGUUGCUGAACACAUCGAGACAUACAGACUCAAAAAAAAAAAUUGUCCAUGGAUCCAUGCCAACAGAGGUGUAUCUGAUCUCAUGGUCUCUGCCAUUCCUAGUGGCAAACAGGUUCCUUUCUGGCUCUCAGCCAUGACUAAGAAGUUAGCUGGAAAAUAAACAUGAUUCCAAUGCUCCUACCUGUACUGUGAAAACAUCCCUCUAGCACGUCUCCAUCUUAAACAAAGCACCCUAACAGAGACUUAGCAUGGCCACCAAUCACAAUCUUCCUUUCCAUGAUUUACCACCUUCCAGAGUCUCCCAGCCUACAGUGUUGUCAGGUUUCCCAUCCUGAAUGCUGGGAUGGGUAAAAUGAAUUUGCUUCUGUCAACUUCAAGGAAGGCAUUUGGAUUAUUUGAAAUGACUGAAGUUCUUAAAAGCAACACUGAAUAAAAUGGGUAAUAUUCUUGGAUCAUCAUCCUCCCAGAUCCUCUCUCCAAGGACUCAAGAAUAUGAAGUAUAAGAGCCAGGAAUUAAUUCUUCUGCUAUACUUGUCAUGGGUCAGAACUUUAUGAGAGUAUUGUAUACAGUUUGUGUACAGAAAUAUGUAGAGAGCCACCUUUUAAAAAAUAAAAAACCUGGAGGUUAAGAGAAAAGAACAAAGUGAUAAGAAAUGAAAAAUAGACUCUAUAUGGACAGGAGAAAGGAUUUGAGGUUAUUCAACUUUGAGAAAGAGAAAGCUCAAGGGAAACAUACAUCUUUAGAUAGAUGAAGGAUUGUGAGAGAACUGGAAGGAGAUCUUAGAGGUUCCAUGUGACCUGGAAUGGAUUCUUUCCCUACCUCCUUCAUAGAAUUCCUCUUUUCCUUUAAGACUAAGCCGAAGCACCAUCAAAGCAGCUCGGUGGCACUAUAGAUAGAAGGCUGAACCUGACGUUAGGAAGACCCAAGUUUAAAUCCAGCCUCAGAUGUUUACCAGCUGUGUGACCCUGGGCAAGUCACUUAACCUCUAUCUGCCUCAGAUUCCUCACCUGUAAAAAUCUAUUUCCUAAUCCGUUAUAUAGAAACAAUAGCAGCACUUGCCUCUUAGGGUUGUGAGAAUAACAUGAGAAAAUAUUUGUAAAGUGCUUUGAAAAUAUUAAAGUACUAUAUAAAUUCUAGUUAUUAUUAUCUUAUGCAUGAAGAUUUUCUUUAUUCCCCAACUGAUAGUGCCCUCCAUCCCAAAAUUCCUUAUGCUUAACUUCUUUACUUAUAAAGUUAAAUAAUUUAUACUUAACUUUCUUUUAAUAAUUUGUAUCAUUAAUUUUAUAUUUGUGCUGUAUAUAUUUUAAAUCUUUUUGUUUUCUUCCCUACUAGAAGAAAAGCUCUUUGAGAUCAGGGGUUGUUUCAUUCUUUGGAGUUUCAUUUCCAACUCCUCACACAGUGCUUGACACAGAGUAGGUGCUUAACAAAUACUUAUUGAUUGACUGAUUGAUUACAGGUUUCUUCUAAACCCUUCAUUUUACACAUUCUGUAACUGAGACCUAGACUUGUCUAGCUAGUAAGUAUAUAAGUAUGAAUUUAAACCUAGGUCUUCCUCCUCUGUCCACUGCAACACACUGCAUCAUUUAUGGCUAUUCCCCGCUCCAGGCACCUGUCAUCUGUCUCCACAGAGCCCUGGAUAAGAUCAAAUGGUCUUCAUCAAUUGGAGAAUGGCUAAACAAGUGAUGAUAUGUGAAUUCAAUGGAAUACUAUUAUGCUGUAAGAAAUGAUGAAGGGCAAAGUUCUGGGGAAACCUGGGAAGACUUGUAUGAACAAAUGCAAAGUGAAGUGAGCAGAAGCAGGAGAACAAUUUAUAUAUUAACAAUAAUAUUGUAAAGAUAAUGUUGAAAGACUUAGAAACUCUGAUCAAUACAAUGAUCAAUCACAAUCCAAACGAUUCAUAAUAAAAUAUACUAAUAUAUCAAUCAAUCAAUCAACAAACAUUUAAUAAGCACCCAUUGUAUGCCUCCAGAUAGAGAGCUGAUGGACUCAGAGUAAAGAUUUUCUUUCUUUCUAGACACAGCUAAUGUAGGAAUUUG